AUGAGCUGGAGCUUCCUCACGCGGCUGCUGGAGGAGAUCCACAACCACUCCACCUUCGUGGGGAAGCUGUGGCUCACCGUGCUCAUUGUCUUCCGCAUUGUCCUUACCGCGGUUGGGGGAGAGUCCAUAUACUAUGACGAGCAGAGCAAGUUCGUGUGCAAUUCUGGCCAACCAGGGUGCGAGAAUGUCUGCUACGACGCCUUCGCCCCUCUUUCCCACGUCCGCUUCUGGGUCUUCCAGAUCAUCCUGGUGGCCAUGCCCUCCCUCAUGUACAUGGGCUACGCUGUCAAUAAGAUCGCCCGGCUGGAUGAGGCCAAAGGUGGGACGGGCACCACCACGGUCAGAAUGGGGGGCGGAGGGGAGUACACACACAGGAAGGCUAGGAAGAUCUUUUUUGCAGCGCGGCAACACCAGGGUAUCGAGGAGACAGAGGAAGACAGAGAAGAUGACCCCAUGAUCUACGACGUGCCCGAGAUCGAGCCCCCACGAAGGCCGCGAGAUCCCCUGCAACCCACCCCGCGACCCAAAGUGCGCCACGAUGGGCGCAAGCGUAUUCGAGAUGAGGGGCUGAUGCGCAUCUACGUCCUGCAGCUGGUGACACGUACCAUGCUGGAGGCGGGCUUCUUGGCGGGCCAGUACUUGCUCUAUGGUUUCCGCGUCGCGCCAAUAUUUGUGUGCUCGGGGAAGCCUUGUCCCCACAACGUCGACUGUUUCGUGUCGCGGCCCACAGAAAAGACCAUCUUCCUGCGCAUCAUGUACGGCGUCACGGUCCUCUGCCUCACCCUCAACGUGUGGGAGAUUCUUCAUUUGGGCAUCGGCUCCAUCUGUGACAUCCUGCGUCGCCGGAGAUGCCCGCCGCAGGAGGAUGAGUACCAACUGGGGUUACUGGGAACCAAUGGGGGCGUGGAGGGAUCCGUAGGGGUACCCGGGCCUGAGGCGGGUUCGGUGGGAGGGGUUGUGGGAGAUGGGGGCGCCGAUUAUGUAGGCUACCCCUUCUCCUGGAACACGCCGUCGGCUCCACCUGGCUACAACAUCGUGGUGAAACCUGAGCAGAUUCCCUACACAGAUCUGAGCAACGCCAAGAUGGCAUGCAAGCAGAACAGGGCAAACAUCGCGCAGGAGGAGCAGCAGCAGUUUGGUAGUAAUGAAGAUAAUUUCCCCACCGGAGGGGAGGCCCGUGUGGCCCUGAAUAAAGACCUGAUCCAACAAGCUCAACUGGAGGCGGCCAUCCAGGCCUACAGUCAACAGCACCGGGCCGAGGAGCAGCUUGCAGACAACCAGGACGACAAGCCCCAGAGUAACAUCACCCAAGCCCAGCCGCAGCCGCAGCCGCAGCCGCAGCCACACAAGGAGCGCAAACAUCGUUUCAAACACGGGAAGGGAGGUAGCAACGGAGGAGGAAGCAGCAGCAACAGUAGCAGCAGCAAGUCAGGGGAGGGCAAGCCCUCCGUGUGGAUUUAA